UUGAAUUGAAACACCUGAAGGCAUCAGAGACCUCUGCACAGGCUGGUAGAUAAAAGAUGGGACUCCAGAUAGACCAAAGCUCUUCUGGAGCAGCACUGGGAAGAGCAUGCAGACCCUACAAGGCAACUUAGAAAUAAGAAGUGUAUUGGUUUUCACAAAAUAUAGAGACUGUAGGAUUUAUUACAAUCAUCCAAACUUAGCAAUGUGUCUUCUCCCUUCCCUUGCAACGUAUGAGGUAAUAGGAUCCUGCAUCAAAGGUACAGUGUAAUAAGAUAUAGUGUCAAAUUCUUCAUUAUCUAAUCAGGCAAUCAGAAAAGGUUUGUUGUGAGCUUUAUUUCUUGAAAUGGGAUAAGACCCAAUGCAGUGCAGAGUAGAUCCUGAAGGCUGGGUGCAAGAGUGCACAGACAGCUUUAUUUUCAGAAGGGACUUUCAAGAAGAGGCCUGAAUUUUUUAGGAAGUGAUAAACUGUACCCCUGUAAGACUUGUCUAGGCAUCAGUAGCUAGGGACCUUGACCCCCUUAGUUGUUAGCAAGUUCAACACUAAUGUAACCACCACUAUUUAGGGAAUUUCCCUAAAACACAAACAUUUCAGGUGUUUCCCCAAAUCACAGAUGUUCAUAGAGCUCAUAGAGUCUUUGAAACCAGGACUGAUAACACAGGACUGGAGUUUCAGGUGGUGACAGAGCUUUGGGACAGUAACCAGUCGUGUGAAGGCUGGUUCCAAUGGAAGAGGAAAAGAAAUAGGUGUUAUGGGGCUGCAACCAGGUCAAAACAACCGUUAUAGCCAUUAUCAGCAUGUUAUCUGUUUCCUUCGGCCUUGUUUUGGUCAGUCUAAGGCACAGACUGAGCGCUGCUCCUCCUAGGAGGGUUGAAGGUCACAGAGAGGAGGGCAGCCCCAUCACCUCCUGCAUGCCACACACCGAGCUACGACAGCUCCUGCCCUUGUGCCACCCAGCCCAUGGAUCUGCUCAUCUCUGCAUGAUGCCGAUCUAUAAAAGGGUGUGGUGGCAAAAAGGCAUCUCUUUAAAAUUCCUUCACUUUUCCUCCUUCUUCCAGUGCCACUGACCUGUGCCUCCACCUCACCUCUGAGCUGCCAUGGCCACGCUAGAGACGCUGCCAGUUCUUAGUGACCCAACGUACCCCAAUCCAGAAAACUUCCACGGGUUUGCUCCUCGGCCAUCCCAAAACACCUCCCGCAGCAUCAUGGGGAGCGUGGGGAGCGGGGUGGCCAACGACCAGGAGUUCGCCAUGAAGAGCGUGGGGACCCGAACGCAGAGCAGCGGCCGGCAGAUGGAGGGGUCUCGCAAUGGGUUCUCCACGAGGGAGAUCUCCAACCGCUACUCUGGUGAGGAGAAGACAUACAAGUCAGAGAAGGUCUCCAAUUCCCUCUAUAUCAACGGCGACCUGCGUAAGAGUGAGAAGGUGAAGAUGGACAUCUGUGGGAACGUGACCACCAACAACGAGAAGAACAUGCCACCUCCUCCCCAGUACCGAGAACCCAGUAACCCACCAAAGAUAUUGCCAAUCUCCGGCAAACUAGACCAGAGCAAUGAGCCCUUAGUUAGACCCUCAGCCUUUAAACCAGUAGUUCCUAAAAACUUCCAUUCCAUGCAGAACCUCUGCCCGCCGCAGAGCAACGGGGUGACAGAGAACAGAAAGAGCUUGAACCAUGCCAACAGCAAUAGCCCAUCUGCACCCAAAAGUGGACUCGACAAGAGCAGCCUUAACAGGACUACAAACCAAGUGGGAGGCCUUUCGGAUUCGGGUCGUAACUCGUUAACGAGUCUGCCCACGUAUGGGACAGGCUACAGCCAGCACGUGGGCCCGAUGAGCGCCUCGACGAGCCACAUCAACCGCAUCGGCACGACCUACACGGACAAGAACAUCGUGGGAUACAACGGGAUAUCUACCUCAGACAGCGGCCGGUCUUCGAGCAAGAGCACCUCUUCGUUCAACAGACUGAACCAUCUCAAUGAAACGAUGCCUUUCCACUCUCCUUCCACCGACGACAUCAUCCAAGACUUGGAAGACAGGCUGUGGGAGAAGGAGCAGGAGGUCCUCCAGAUGAGAAGGAACUUGGACAAAAGCGAGGCAGCCAUCUUCCAAGUGUUUGAGGAGAAGCAGAAGAUCUGGGAGCGGGAAAUGGAGGAUCUCAGGCAAAACUACGCCAACAAAUUGCAGCAGGUCUCCAAAAAGGCGCAGCGGGCACAACAGGCCUUGCAGCUCCAGAUAUUCAAGCUGCAGCAGGAGAAAAAAAAACUCCAAGAUGACAUGGGGCAACUCCUCCAGCAGCGAGAGGAGCUGGAGAAGAAAUUUGUGGCUUUCAAGAAGGAACAAGCUGAGUUUCUCCCAAAGAUUGAAGAGACCAAGUGGGAGGUGUGCCAGAAGGCGGGUGAGAUCUCCCUGCUUAAGCAGCAACUGAAGGAUUCCCAAGCGGACGUCUCCCAAAAGCUGAACGAGAUUGUGGGGCUGCGGACACAGCUUAAAGAAGGUAAGAACUUCCUCCGGGAGAAGGAGGAACAAAUCCUCACCUUGAAGGACUCCUACAGCUCCAAGAGCGUCAACCUGGAGAUCUGCGAGAGCGAGCUGCAGCGGAAGAUGAGCGAGGUCCAGGUGCUGAGGGAAAAACUGAACCACUGUGAGCUGGAGGUGUCAGGACUGAAGCGGACACUUGCCAGCAUGGGACCUCCGGGGUCUUUUGGUGGGGACCUGGCUGAGAAGCUGCAGGACCCGCUGGCCUGUGAAAGCGACGAAGCCAAGAUGCAGCGGCAGAGCAGCGAGGACAGCGUCAACGCGCUGCGGAAGGAGGUGGAGAGGCUGCAGACGGAGCUGAAGCUGGAGCGGCAGCAACGGGAGCAGCAGGUGAUGGAUUUCGAGGAGGAACGGCGCACGUGGCAAGAAGAGAAGGAGAAAGUCAUCAAGUACCAGAAGCAGCUGCAGCUGAACUACGUGGAGAUGUACCAGAAGAACCAACUCUUGGAGCACAAGGUGAACGAGAUGAACACAAAGACCACCAGCCCACCGCACACCGAGGAGAAAAAAACGUGGACUCCUUCCAGGCUGGAGCGAAUAGAGUCCACUGAGAUCUGAGGUGGGACCAAGACAAUACCCAUAAUUUUUUUUAUUGCUGUGCAUGUACUACCUACUCAAGCCAGUGGUCUUCUGAAGGAUAACACGAUACCAUAGGAGCGGUGUGAGGUGGCUUGCACUCAGCUCCAUCACCCUUACUCUAUUCUUCUGUGCUCUGUAGGUAAAUAACUGUGGACGUGCGUUGUUUUUCUAUCGAUAAUGCGACAUCUCUUUGUUUGGUUGGUUUUUUUUUUCCUAGUACAGCUGGUGAGGGUCAAUUGGCUCAUUUGUAAUCUGCCGUGACUGUUACUUCACUAGAGGCUGCCAUCCCCUCUCCUACAAUUCACCCCUCUUUGGUUGGUUGUUUUGGAGGGUUGUACUUGGUUUCUUUGGUUUUCCAAGCACUUAUGUGCAGCAAAACAGUGCAAAUUUGGCAGGUUUUUUUUUUUUGUUUUUUGUUUUUUUUUCAGGGCAUUUUUAGCCACAUUGGCUAAUGGAGCAAAGCUCUUGGGAUCAUGAGCAAUCUCACUGUUUUGCAUCAAGUAUCUUGUCUAGACAACGGUCUUAGUGAAAUCAGUGAGAGAUUGGCCACUGAUUUCAGUGAAACCAGACAUAUCUCCACCAGAUGACUCUCUCUCGCAGCCCAUGGCUAGCAUGGUUGCAAGAGGUUAGGACCUACUUGUGAAGCAGUGUGAGCUUGUCCUGGUAACAUAAGCCAACAAGGAGUGGUUACCCAGUAGGAGCCUUGUUUGAGGCUCAACAGAGCUUGGUACAUGCUGUGUUUUCGUUUUGUUGUGGUUUCUGUCUUCAUUUCCACUUGCCUCCUGGGUUGUGACCCAAUCCUGGGAGCAUAAAUACCCUCCCACCUCUGCCUUGAUCCCUCUGUUCUUAAAUAUAUUCAUGCUGGAUACAGAAAGGAAAAAAAAAAAAAAAUUAGAUCCAAGCUAGUUCCCUUUCUCCAGAGUCCUCUGAAUUCCCACAGUCAAUGGAACAAGGUUUGGGGAAGCCUUCAAACUUGUGGGUUGUUUAUGCAAACAGAAGCUUUAGCAGUUUCCCAAUAGUGGACAAUUGUACUAACCCAUUCCCAAAAGAGAGGCAGUUUGGUGCAUUCUCUCUGCCCAGGGUCUAUUUACAAAUGGCAUCUAAGCCUCACUCAGGAGCUGCAGGGAGCACAUAUCAGCACUACCACUAGAUUGCAGUGAGGGAAGUGAGCAUCAGCCUUCAGCACAACCAUUUGGAAUAGUGCCCAUCGUGAUCCCACAUGGCAUCAUAUAUUCCAGGAUUAUAGAUAAUGCAGGGCCAGCUUAAGAAAAUUGUCAGCUACUAAUUCUGAGUAUGAGAGCAUUCAUAAAAAGAGACAAUACUUAAGAUCAUACAAGUGCUUAUGCCCUGGCAGAAUAAUAACCAAAUCCUACAUGUGCACUCACUGAAAAUGAUGCAGGCAUCAAAACACAGCAUUUCACUUCAAAAGGCGGGCAAAAUUCUUCCUUUCACAGACACUUUUCUACCAUGAUCCGCAGCAAAGAGUAAAAAGUGCUGUAAAGUGGGAUUUGCACUGACUGGGCAGUGGCCAAAGGAUCAAUGCAAGUAGAAAUUUAGGCUCUUUUCCCUAAGGAGCAGCUAGAAGAACAAAGGCAGAAUUUACAUUUUGGGAUGCCUGUAUGACGUGACUUCAGGGAGAGUUUGGCCAGAUAACACCUGCACAAUAAGGAAGAACCUCAGAGUGUUGAGAGGCUGAAGACCUUUCAAACAAAAGUCCAGAAGCCACUUUCCUUCCACAUUCCCUUCCCUCUGAGCACUCCCCUUUCUGUCACCAGAUCUGACCUUCAAGCUGGAGUCACGUGCUGUUGUGGUGAGCUCCAGACUGAGCAAAGAGGCUGAGCAGGACAGAAGGGACUCCACUGAUUUCACCAACCUCCAGCCAAGGUCAACAGACAGUAUUACAGGGAGGAACUGCUGGUAGCUGGCAGUGAUCCCUGGAGCUGUAAAAAAAUGGAGAUGUGCAAUGAGACCAGGGUAUUUCAAAACUCCAGUCCUCCAGCAAGGACCUGGCAGAAGGUCAUUGGCACAGAACUGCUUCAACCUGCUGGAAUCAAUGGAGCCGGGCCUUGGUCCCCAUGCCAGCCCUCCUCUUUGCUUUGGUGUUUCAGAGGCUGCAGCCUGAGCCAGAGGCUCCAAAGACAUCCUACAUAUGCUGCAUACACCCUUAGCAGGUAGAUCCUUGGGCUUCCUCCAUUUCAUACACUGAGCUUUCUAGAUGGAGCAGAACAUUUCACAAUGACAGGCUUGAAGAUAUGGUGUCUUGUGUUAUUUCAGCUUUCUGUGCUUCUCUUUCCACAUCAGAUAAACCUGUAUCUUCUUCCAUCCCAAAGCAGCGGACAGGGCCUUGUGCUUGUGAAGGGCUUUUCAGUCCUUGGACAAAAGGGCAAAGCAUAGAGAAACUGUAAGAAAUGCAAGAAGUUUCAAGUCUCAAAUGCCUGUCUCUUGAUGAUUUUGACGCCACCACACAAAAAGCAAACAAUCCAUCAACAAAAAUCUUACCCUGGUAAUAAGAUGGGUCCAAUGAUCUAUUUCAUUGUUGAGUCAUUGUUCCUCCCAGCCCUGCUGAAUUUGAGGUUUGUUUCCCAUUAACCAUCGCAAGAACCAGGCUUUCAAUCAGUGGCUCAAGAACACCUACACUGAUUGAAUUUUGAGUAUCUGAUGUUUAGGAGGUAUACGUUAUAAUUCUCCACUGUGUUAACAUCCAAGAGGAACUGGCACCAGCAUCAUCCUGUGGGACACCUUCUCACCAGAGCUCCUUAUUAAUCCAAGGGCAGGAAAAACAGACUCAUCUGGCCUCCCCACAUACCUGAAUCCCCCCAGCAGCAAUCAGGCAAGCCCUCCGCUUGCAAGGCUUGCUCUGUCAUUAUUUUCCCAGAUGUUUAGGGGUUUGGUUUUUUUUUGCAAGGGUGAAUGUGUCUUGACAGUCCCAGUGAAACCUGGAAGCAACAGGGUUGUCUGAUUGCUGCCCAGGUGCCAAAAUAGUGUUUUGAUGACAUAUCCUAAGAACAGCCAAGAAGAGUCACAUCUUGUCCUCCUUUGAAGUUCAGACAGGGUUGGUAAAAAGUUUCUGUCCUAGAGAGUUUGGGCUUGACCAUAUCCCAGGUAUCCCGUCCAUCUUUGCUCAUCCAGCUCUAGAGCUGAUGGGAAUCCAUGUGAUGUACUUUCAGGUUCUGGUAUUGCCCUCAAAAUCUUGCAUGUGAUCAGUCUUUACUGAAACAAUUUAUCUCUAACUUGCCUAUAACUCAUCUCUAACAGUAAGAGCUUUGAUUCAUAAGGGGCUCAGGUCAGUUGCCCACAGAUGGGAUUUAGAGCCACUAGAGAUGGUCUGGGAUACCUGAUACAUGGGGCAGGCCAGUAUUAUCCAAGCCCUGUGGAAGAACCAGCCAGUGGUGGGAAGAGCUGGAGCAUUCUUAGUGGCAUACCACCCAUAUGCAGGAAACUGAGUCAUGCUGCAUGCACACAGCUAUUAUAUGAACAAAUGCAGGGCACUGAUUAACUCCAGCAAAUUCCACCCAUGAAGACUUAGGCUGACCAGCUCUCCUGGUGCAAGCAGAGGUGCAAGCAGCCCUUCUUACCAGUUCCUGUGAGUGAAGUUGAUUUGCUCCACCAUCAGGGUGAAGCUGCUGUGACCUUGUUGCUACAAGGUGCCCACCCAACUGAGGUAGCACCCUUUGCACAGCCAGCAUUUCUGUCUCUUCCUGGCUGUGAACGCAGCAACCAUCACAUGUUGUGCUUCACACACUCCCACUUAGGUUCUGCCAGUGUCUCGUGGCAGCCAGCUGGAGUUCCAGCUGUCACUGGUGUAAUGCCACAGGGAGAUCACCUCUGGGUUUCCACUCAAGAUAGAAGUUCAGUCAUUGUUCUUAGACUGCUGUGUUUUAUGGAGACAAGCGUACUUGGAUGUUAAUAACAGCCCAGCUCUAUAUAAGAAUGAUUAAAUGAAGAGACAAGAAAGUUUUGUGGCUUCUAUACCAGUGAAUGGGUUGGAAGUAGCAGCAGAUGUUGCAUUUGGGCACUGAGCAUUAUCUAGAGGGUGCUCAGCACCCUCUGAGCUUCUAUUGGCUGCAAUGGAAAUGGAUAAGGCUCAGCAAAUCCCAGGAAAGCAAUCUGCUUGGGAUCAGCUCCAAGAGAGCAGCCUGGUGUCACUUUGUCCUGCCUCCAUGCUUGCUUUCACCCUGAGCCAGGACUUACAAUUGCGCCCAGGUUAAGGCUGAAGUCCCCCUGCCCAUCUUGUAUCCCCAGGAAACCUCCUGCACUGGGGCUCCCAGUGGUGUCCCCCCAAGCCCCAUGGGAAGGACCAACCCACCCCACUCCUGUCCCUCACUGUGGCACUUUACAGCUUGCUUGAGACAGCGAGCUCUGAAAAAUGUGACCAAAGAUCUCUGGAAAGCACUGGACAGUGUGCUUGGAGCUGACUCCCAGCCUUCCCAGGAAGGAAGAGACUGAUGUGGGCUGGGAGAGAGGACAGGGUAGAAAGGAGGGUACUUUUCACAGUUCCAGGGUGAGGCGAUUGUCCCCAGCUGGUGAUGCCAGUGUCCUCCUUGGUGCCAAGUAGCUCCAUGUGUCACCCAGGGUGAGUAGGGACUCAGGAGGCAGGAUGGAUCUGAUUCCCCUUUUUUCUUGAGCAGUAAGGAGUUCAUCUGUAAGGAGGCAUGCCAAGCCAUUACACUUGUCUUCAGAGCCACAGGUCUUCUAUAGUUCAGCAGUCAAAGGCCUGUUCUGGUUCAGUGUGAAUGGGCCAGGAAAAUGUUAGAGCCAGUUCUUCUGACUGUCCCCUUGUCCCUUCCCCAGAUCACCACUGAGCAUCCUCAGCACCUGCCAUAUGCCCCUACACCAUGCUUCUGCCCCAUGGCUGUGCUGAGCUCUGCUCCAUUUCUGUCAGGAAUAACAGCCUGCUGAUGGGCAGUGGCAGCCCUCUUCUGUCUUGGAACGUGUCCUGCUUGCUGUUACUAUAACCCUAUCUUUCAGUCAAAGCCUUAAAGGGCAGAGUUACCUUUCACCAAGAUCCCUCAUUGAGGAUCUGCUCAUGAUAUUGCCUGUGUCCUGCUGCCCCUCUGCAUCAGCUCUCCAGACUCUCCUGCCUGAUUUCAGUUCAUUGGUGUAACACUGUCCCAGGAACACUCACUGCCUUUCCCAGUUCUCUCCCAGAUACUUCCAUUAACAAGCAGGAGCUUACACUGAGAGCAGCUUGCCCUGACCCUGCCCUUAGAGGAACUUUCUAGACUACUGAUCCUCACAUCUCCAUCAUUCCCAUGUCAGCUACAUCAGCCCUGUUUUACCUCCAUGAGAGAUCUUGCUUCUUGCUGAAGGACAUCUCCAUGGCCUUUAAUCCUUUGAGAUCACUGCAUGGGGCUUCACACCAUCACAAUACUAAACCCAGCCAGCUCUGAGGCUUCCCCGGUCCUUCCACCUUUUGCAAAGGCAGGGGUGUAAGGGACACAAAAGUAACCUUGAUCACACAGCUCCCGUGCCACUGGGUCCCCAUGGGGGCAGUGAGGUAUUGGGAUCACAUUCAUCAGUUUUCAGAUGUCAGCUUCCCAAUCAGAUGUUCCACAUUGGCAGCACAACUGUCAGCAAAACAGAAAUAAGCCUGUGCACUUUCAGGAUAAGCCUGUUCCCAGUUUCUCUCCAUUAAGGGGGAUUGCAUCAGAUCUGGAUCCUGGGACAACCUCUGGCAUGUACGGUUGUGUUUUCAGGGCUCCUCUACAGAUCUGUUUUCUAAGCAGAAAGUCUCUGCUUUCUGUCACAAAGCAAUAGGUUUUUUAGGGAGAUUUAAAAAGGACUCUUCCCAACUCUGAUACUUGCAGGCAAUCCAGUGUUCUCUUGAAUACCAUCGUAACUCCAGUUCUGGGCUGUCCUUCAAAAAGCAAUGUGAGGCCAGGUCUGGCUCCGUAUAAGGAAUGUGAAAAAUAUGUGAGCCUGGUGGUCCCCAUUCCUUCAGAGAGCCCAUGUCCAGCAGGCAAUCAGUGUGGGUCCCUGGGAUGUGUGGUCCAUCCUCCUUUGGUGCCCAUCCCAUGACUGUUACUGUGUGCCUGCAGCCAGUCAGCUCACUGCAGAUCACUGACAUGGGAACCACUGGAUCCCCAGAGGUGUCUGAACCCAAAAGUCAUAUUUGAUGACAGCCACACACCAAUGGGAAACAAAGCUUUCCCAUUCCUGGGAGCCAGGCUGUCCUAGGAACUCUCUCAGAGAAGAAAAUGCCCAUGGUGGCACACGGGUUCCCUUCCAGUAGCUGAAGGGAGCAAACAUGUCCAGGUAGAGCUCAGACACCGGUGCAAAAACGCACUGCCACCGGUGCCAAAAUGCUGCACAACUGGCCAAUGAGUCUAUGCAGUCCUUUCCCACACAGCAGUGUCCCUGCAGAGCCCAGCCCAAGGAGGCUGGGUCUCCCUCCGAGGUGUCUUUGUUUGCACUCAUGUGGACCCGAUAAAUGCUGUGAGCUGAGAGGUGGCCCUUCAGGACUCACUCUCAGCCUUCACCUUGCACAGGGCAGUAAGGUUGCGAGGGUUUCCUCAUCCAAAAUAGAUGCACAUUCUUAGUCACCGGUUUCUGUGUCUCUUUUCUAGGAGAAUAGGCCCCUAAAACCCAGCUCCCCAAUAGUGGGAUGUCAGGUUGGGCGAGCCUGUGCCCCAAGCAAGCCUGUUGUCUGAUCUCACCAGCAAUAAAAGCCCCGUGGGGGAGCAGCCAGAGCUUUCCAGGCUGUGUGUGUAGGAUCUCUGCAUCAGACCCUUUGUCCAACGUUUUGGACCUGCCUGACUGUAAAUUCCACCCCAGCCUUGUGCUUCCCCUCCUCUGUUUGUUUCUUGAAGCCUCGAUCUCUCUCUGCUCUUACUGUGAAUUCAAACCAGAAGUGUUCUGAACUCGACUCUGUUACUGUUUGUUCUGCGUUGACUGUUGCUGGUUCUCUGAACUGCG